AUGGCAACUGGGUUGAUCAAGCACAUUCCUAGUCACCUGGCAACGACGACUACGUUGCUAUGUUUCAUAUCUGGAUAUCGGUCGACAUGCAAGACAUCAGCCAAGGCUCAGUGUGUGCGUGAUUAUGCAAAGCAACAUGGAUAUGGAUAUAUGGCAUGGGACCAUCAACCGGAUGCCUCUGUACAAACGUGGUUUGAACGAAGCCUUGCGAUGCUUCCUCAAGAUCAACCGUUGGUGCUGGUAGGAGCGAGUAUGGGGACAUGGUUGGCAUUACUACUUGCAAAAGCACGCCCUGAUCAAGUACGCGGUAUCAUUGGUGUGGGUGGCGCUGUCAACAAUACCGAGCGAUGGCUAAAAGAAGCUCCCUCCACUCAAAAUCAAAACGAGAUUUGGCGACGUCCAUCCCUUUAUGCAAAGGAAGGCUAUUAUGAAAUACCCAUUCGAAUGUUACUUGAGUCAAGAAAAGCACUAUGGUCGUACAAGGACGACCAUGUUAAAUGCCCGGUGCACUUGAUACAUGGUCGGCAGGAUCCCGAUGCUCCGUUCUCUGAAGCACUGUUAUUACAGCAAUCGCUUUCACCCGUAGCAACCUUACAUGUAAUAGAAGAUGGGGAUCAUCGUCUCUCACGUCCACAAGAUUUGCAGGUUCUAGAAUCAACUUUGGAUAGCAUGAUGACUCGUAUUAUAAAGUGA